AUGGCGGUCCUUGAACCUUACAAGGGCAAAUACUUCCUGUGGAAGUAUCUACCUUCUAUUCCGGCUGCGGGAGUGUUCUGCGGAUUGUUUGCCAUUAUCACCGUUUUGAACUGCUGGAGGGUCGGGAGAACCGGAACUUGGUCCUUUAUUCCCUUCAUCAUCGGCGGAUUCAUGGAAUGUAUCGGUUAUGCAACUCGAGCAGUCGCUUACAACCAGACCGGCAAACUCGUGCCCUUUGCCCUCCAAAAUUCGAUGAUCCUCCUCGCGCCCGUCCUCCUCGCCGCGACCAUCUACGCCACCCUCGGACGAGUCAUCAGCGGUGUCAAUGCAGAUAAAUACGCGAUUGUCAGACCGCGGUGGAUCACGAGACUGUUCGUGACCGGGGACAUUCUGUCUCUGCUCGUCCAGGGAAGUGCCGCGGGUCUGAUGCUCAUGGAAGGCCGCAUGAAGACGGGCCAGAACAUUGUCAUACUCGGCCUGGUGAUACAGAUCCUGCUCUUUGGACUCUUUUGUCUCACGGCCGCGCUCUUCCAUGUGAGGAUGCGUCGGUGUCCGACGGAAGGGCACCGAUCCGGUGGAGAGGAGUGGGAACGACAAAUCUAUCGACUGUACGGCGUCAGCGCCCUGGUCAUGUUCCGGUCUGUAUUCAGACUGGUCGAGUUCAUCAUGGGCUACAAUGCGUAUCUGCUUACUCACGAGUGGCCGCUCUAUGUCUUUGACUCGGCCCCUAUGUUGGCCGUAAUGAUCAUAUUUUGGUUUGCCCUCCCUGGGACUGUGUGGAUGAGGAGACCUGGCAGCAAGGACUCGGUCACUUCACUGAGCGUGCUCAAUGGUAGAACCAGAGCAACAAAGGGCUCGGGUAUUACUGGUUCGAAAGCGGCUGGAUCUGUGUAA